AUGGUUGUAAAUGAAACGAAUAUUAAAGCGGCGUCGGAUGGAGUAUGGGAAGGAGACAACCCUCUAAACUGUGCCUUUCCUCUUUUAAUAGUCCAAGUCAUAAUCGUACUCUUAAGCAGCCGCUUCCUCGCCUUCCUCCUCAGACCUCUACGUCAACCCAAAGUCGUGGCCGAGAUCCUCGGAGGGAUAUUGUUGGGACCUUCAGCAUUAGGGAGAAACCAAGAUUUUAUCGAACUAAUAUUUCCAAAAUGGAGCACACCGAUACUUGAGUCAGUGGCAAGUAUCGGUCUCCUUUUCUUCCUCUUCUUAGUUGGUCUAGAGCUGGACCUAUCAGCUCUAGGCCACACAGGAAAGAAAGCUUUUGCUAUAGCAUUCGCUGGAAUUUGUCUCCCGUUUGCUUUAGGCGCAGCUAUCUCUCUCUUCCUCCGCCGAGCCGUGGAGGAGGAGCAUGGCUCGGCGGGAUACUGGCAAUUCCUUCUUUUUAUUGGAGUAGCUCUUUCCAUCACAGCUUUCCCAGUCCUUGCCCGUAUCUUAGCCGAACUCAAGCUCUUAACCACAAGCGUUGGCCAAACGGCCUUAGCCGCUGCGGCUUUCAACGAUAUAGCUGCAUGGAUCCUCCUUGCCCUAGCCGUGGCUCUCCCUGGUAGUCAAGACCACCACAAACACGCAUCUCCAUUGAUAUCCAUAUGGGUUCUCCUUUCGGGUCUCGCCUUUGUAGUCUUCAUGGUUUUUGUGAUCCAACCAGCAAUGAGAUGGAUAGUCCGGUACUAUGACGGGACCAUGCACGAAGCUUGCAUAUGCCUAACACUAGCAGGAGUCCUGGUAUCCGGUUUCAUCACUGACUUAAUAGGACUACACUCAAUUUUCGGAGCGUUUGUCUUUGGCCUAAUCAUACCAAAAAGUGGGUCUUUCAGUGACCGUCUUGUAGAGCGGAUAGAGGACUUUGUCUCGGGGCUGCUCCUUCCGCUCUACUUUGCAUCUAGUGGACUGAAAACGGAUGUGAAUAAGAUAAGAGGUGCAGAGGCGUGGGGGAUACUGGCCUUGGUCAUAUCCACGGCUUGCGCAGGCAAGAUCAUAGGUACUUUCCUCAUGGCAAUGAUGUGCAGCAUACCGGCGCGUGAAUCUCUCACCUUAGGGUUUUUGAUGAACACUAAAGGACUCGUCGAGCUAGUUGUACUCAACAUAGGCAGGGAGAAGAAGGUACUAAACGAAGAGAUGUUCGCAAUUCUAGUAUUGAUGGCUCUUGUCACAACCUUCAUGACAACUCCCUCAGUCGUGGCUAUAUACAAACCCUUGAACUAUGGCGGUUUGGAUAGUUCUACACCUGGUGAUAAGGGGAAGUUACGCAUACUAGCCUGCGUACGUAGUCCCCAAGACGUCCCUUGUAUAGUCAAACUCGUCGAGUCUUUUGGCACGUCGUCCAACGGAUCAAUCAAAUUAUACGUGAUGCACUUGAUAGAACUCACUGACCUACCAUCCUCCAUUUCAAUGGUCCAAAGAACGAGGAGAAACGGUGUGCCGUUCAUACACAAGCUGUGUAGAGUGACGUCACGUGACGAGAUAGAAGAUGCGUUCAGUAUUUACGAACAGGUUAGAGACCAGAAGCAAAGGUUAAAGAUACGUCACUUGAAAAGUGUGUCGGUGUUGGGAACUAUGCACGAGGACGUAUGCAACGUUGUGGAACGUAAGAAGGUGUGGAUGGUCGUGUUACCGAAUAUGGUAACGGGAUGGAGAGUGGUUAAUCAGAGAGUGAUGGAACAUGCUAAAUGCUCGGUCGCUGUUUUAAACCAUCAAGAGGUUGGAGAAAGCAGUACUAUUAGUAGCAGCGAGGGGACAAAAAGAGUAGGUGUUGUGUUUAUUGGUGGAGCCAACGAUAGAAAAGUACUUGAGAUCGGAAGCAGAAUGGCCCAAAACCCCAAGAUCAUAGUAACACUAAUGCAAUGCUCGGAUAACACUAUAGCUUCUCCUUAUUGUGAAAAGGAGAUUGAUGAAGUAGCUGUGGAAGAAUUCAAGAAACAAUGUGAAGGUAAAGGGGUAGACUAUGAAGAGAUAGCAGCUGCGGGAAAUCUUGGAGAGAUUAUAGAGGCAAUAGGAAGGAGGAAGGAGUAUGAGCUUCUGAUAAUUGGAAAUCGACAGGUUUUAACAAGUUACUAUGAGAUGGGAGGAGUAGAGGUUUCAACGCUAGUCAUUCAUGGAUGCAGUGAAAAUGAUAGAGCUAAAACUAUUUUGGGAGAUAAUGUUUGA